AUGUCCGCUGGAGCUGCCGCUGGAAGAACGUUCUUUAGAAGAUUUUGGGAGAGUGACACUGGUCCACGUACAGUUCAUUUUUGGGCUCCAACCCUCAAAUGGGGGCUCGUUUUCGCCGGUAUUUCGGACAUGUACCGUCCUGCUGAGAAGUUAUCUGGUACGCAAAACUUAUCUUUAAUGGCUACAGGUGUGAUUUGGACUCGUUGGUCUUUCGUGAUUAAGCCAAAAAACUACUUGUUGGCUAGUGUAAAUUUUUUCUUGGGAACGACAGCAUCGUUGCAAUUGGCUAGGAUUGCGUCGUACCGUUUAAAGCAAGGGGAUAGUGCAUCUGAGGUCGUUAAGUAUAUUGUUACAGGUAAAACAGAUAAUUCUAAGAAAUGA